CUCACGUUCACCUUGAAUGACUUGUAGGGGUGGGAGCGAGGGCUGCUGUGUCGAGCCGACACUGAUUCAUUUUCACACCGCCUGGAUUCAGAAGGAAGGAUUCUUUUUGGAUUUUUUUAUUGGAUUUGUUUUACUAUGAUGGGUGGUCGCGUGUUCCUGGUCGUCGCCGUCCUGCUGUCCUGUUGCGCAGGAAAAGCCUCGACAGAUGGUCGGAAGAUCUGGACCUCUGCUGGCCAAUCGGUCAUUCUGCCCUGCAACAUCAGUGUCAGUGUCAACGACGACGUCCCAUCAGUAGAGUGGUCCAAGGAAGAUCCGAAACCCAACAUCGCCUUCCUGUAUCGGGACGGCUGUGAGACCUUCUCGGAGAAGAAUCCGGUCUUCGAUUACAGGACAAACCUCAUCAUGGGCGAACUGAAAAACGGAAACCUCUCGCUCAGGAUUUCCAACGUGCAGCUGUCCGAUGCGGGGAAAUACACAUGCAAGACCAUCCGGGGACGGCCCCAGGAGAUCGUUACAGUAGAGCUCUCCGUAGGGUCAGCCUCUGAGCCAAAACUCUCCGUAGUUUCAGCUGCGGACGAUGGAGUGACUCUGCAGUGUGAAAUCUGUAACUGCUGGUUCUCGACGCCUGAGAUAAUGCUUCUUGAUGUUCAAGGAAAAGUCAUCCGUGCCGAAGACACAAAGACUCAUCUCGAUUCCAGAAUGGGAUGUUACAACGCCACGAGGAGAGCGACUGUGCAGACUGGCAACAGGGUCACCUGCAGAGUUCACCAGCCUGAGAUAAAUGAGACGAGGGUCACAGAGAUUAACCUACCAGAUGAAUGCAUCGGAUCUUGCACUCAAAACACCAUCAUCGCUGUUGCAGUUACCAUGAUCCUAUCAUGUGCAUUAAGCUUAUUAACUGCCCUCCUAUGCAAGAAAUGUGGCCACUCUGUGGGGGGACAUGAAAUGCAUAAAAGUCCAACACACAGCAUUGUAGAAGGUCACAACCCGGGUGACCAUGGUGACCACGUUGUAAAUGCCUCCACUGACCCUGUGAUGUCGAACCUUCGUGACAAAGAAGAGAUCCGCCGACUGACAGAAGAACUGAAUCACCUCAGAUCUAAACAAUGUGUUGCGUGCCAGCAUGGCCAGCCUACAGUCGACAGCAGUCCUUCCAAAUCUUCAACAGAGGUCUCCAAACCCGCUAACCCUGACCCAGACCAGUCUCCCCACAGCAACCAUCCAAAAGCAGCGACCUCAAUCAACGGCAACCGUCCAAAACCUGGCAAAAAAGAUUCAAAAUGCGUCUCCAUACGCAUUUCAGCAUCCGGCCCCGACGGCAGUCCCGCUCGUCUGACAGACAGCGCUGCUUCUUCAGCUUUCCCUUCAGAUCCAACGCAUGUUGGCCGUUCGAUGAGCAUGUCGGAGCCCCGUCCCCGUCCAAACAGCGCCAAGACCCAACGCAGAUACUCCACCUCAGGCCUGUCCAACCGCUUCAGUCCUCUGGAAAACUUAUCUGAAGAAGAUGCGGAGCCUUUGCUGUAAAUGAAAACGGAGCGGAUUGAGAUCUGAUGUUUCCCUCUUUUAGCAAAAUCACAAACUAAAACCUGAGGUCAGUGCUGAAAGAAGGAAGUCAGUUCUUUUACAUGAGUAAAAGUAGAAAUACCACAGUGUUAAAAUACUCUACGUUACUACUCUACGUUGCAAGUAAAGGGCCUGCAUGCAUUCUUUUUACUUAAAGAGCCCCUAUUAUGCUUUUGGGGAUUUUUGCCAUCUUUAAGUGCGUUUUUUUGUGUAUGUAAUAGAUGUAAAAAGUAAAAAAAAAACACAUUCACU